AUGCGUCGAUUAUUUAGUCAUUUUCAUAGUGAUAACAAAAAUAAUAAAACUAAAUCAGCAAAUAACAGUGCUGGAAAUAGUAAUAAUUCUACCCGUUCGUCAUCACGGAAAUCAUCAACAGUAAAUAAUGUUAGUACAGUAAACAACACUGGCAGCGCUAUCACUCCUGCUUCAAAUAAUGAUAAAAAAGGUCCUCAAAAUUUGAAAGGGAAAGAACUAAAUCAAAAUGGAGUUGUAAACACCAAUAAUGGCUCUGCUCAUGCCAAAACUAAUGGUAACAUCUCCAAUACUAAUAAAUCAGAAAGUAAAAUAAAGAGAAAUAAAACUACAUCGGUUAAAUCGGCAACACCAAGAGAUAUGGGUCAUACAAACAAAAAAACAAAAUCAAAAAGUAACCAAGAGGUGGAUACUAAUUUUUCUACUCCAAAAUUGAGAAACCCAUCGACUGUUAAUAACGGUUUAUCCGAGAAGAAUUUGAAAAAAAGACAAUCUUUGCCUUUAUUCAUGAAUGACUCUGAGAAAGCCAAUCCUGUACAAUUAAGAAGAAAGAAAUCAUUUAGAGAUACUAUACAUUCUAUUUGGGGCACUCCGCAAUUACAAGAAGCAGAUAAGGAACAACGAAAUAUGUUAUCUCAGCCUCCUAAUACCCAUGAUAGUACUAAGCUUGCAAGGAGCCAGCAUUCUUCUAAUGCUGGUAUUAAGAGGAGUUCCACUGUACUCGUUGCAAAUCGGAAUGUAGCCUCUUAUAGCAGUGAUAAAACAACGGCUAAUAAUAAUAUGCAUUUCAAAAGCCCUAAUUUUAAACCAGAAUCCUAUGAAUCAAACAAUCUUUCCUCGUCACCUUCCCCUAUAAAGAGCAACAUAAGUAGAGGGAAAGGUAGUAUUCGUCGUAGCAAUUCCACACUAAAUCUAAAUAACAAUUUAUCAUCCAAUAGUAGGAGAAAUAGUAGUAGUUUAAAUAAUUUGCACGCUUUCCUAAAUGAAAAUGGAAAUUCAGACCAUAGUAGUAGAAACAAUCUGAAUGAAUUAUCUGAGCUCCCCAUGGAUUUGCGAACUCCUCCUAUAAGUAUUAAUGGUGGUAGGGGUCAUACUUUAAAUUUCAGUAGCCAAACUUCUUUUACAUCCGCAUCAUCUUCCCCACAAAAUUACUAUGAAAACGAAAAUGAUAUUAGCAAUAGUAGUCCUGAUUAUGUGGUUGCAGCUGAUAAUCUAUAUCACUCUCCAGACAAUAACCACAGACCUAAUUACUCUACGGCUUUAAAAAGAACAAAUUCAAGAAAGAAAUCUUUUGACUCACUAUGCAAUUAUUUAAAUGACAGGGGUUUAUUAAAACCAAGAUUAAUUUCUCAUACUGUUUUCCAUGGUAAUGAUAGAAAUGAAUCUGAUAUUUUUUUAAGUGGUGGUGAUGGUAACUCUAAUUCUAAUAAUAAUAAUAAUAAUAAUAAUAAUAAUAAUAAUAAUAAUAAUAAUGACAUUAGUAACAAUAACAGCAACAGAAACACCGAUAAUGACGGCAAUAAUAGUAAUACUAAUACUAACAGCAAUGACAAAAGCAAUUGCGCUGAGAAUGAAAAAUACCCAAUUGAUAUAUUUUUGGCAACUUCAGGGGAAAAUAUAUUUUUACCGACCUUAUCUUCACAAGAUGAUGAAUAUAUUCAGCAACUAAAUGGCUUAGAUAAUAGCAAUAGCAAUUAUAAUUUAGAUACUUCUAUUACUAAUCGGGUCAAUAGUUUUGAUGGCCCAAGGCCGUCACAAUCAAGCAUAAUGAAUAAUUCUGCAGGUAUGUCCUCGUCGCCUUUAUCUACAUUGACGAAUGCUUUGAAUGGUGAUCACUCCACUCUCAACUCAACUGAAAAUAAUCCGAAUAUCUCCAAUGCCUCACCCUAUGGUAAUACUUCUUUAGAUGAUAUUGAAGAUUCAGCAGUUUCAUAUAAAGUAGCUAUUGUUGUAUCUUUAAAAAAAAGAACUCCUGUUGAAUCUGUUAUUAUCAGACUAGUAAGUGAUACUUUAGUUUAUUGGUAUAACGGAGUCCCUCCCGAGCGGAAAAACACCAAAGAAUUUUAUAAAAUUGGUGAACUUCAAUGGAAUUUGAAAUUGAGUGAGGCUUGCACUUUUAUUCAAUUCGAUUCAGUUCAAGAAAAUGAAACCUCUUUACCCGUUUCACUUUUUAAGUCCAAACCCUUGGAAGAAAUAAUUACAGAGCCUUACUUACCAUUAGGAACAAAAAGGAAGAACAUAUUUGUCGAUUCGUUGAAGCCUAUGAUCGAUAAGUUGGGUUGUUCGCCUGAUACAAAUACUAUAAAUACAAGCACAAAAUUUUAUGCGCCUGGUGAAUAUGUUUUUUUUAUUCCGAUAUAUUUUGCUAACAACAUUCCAGAAACUAUUUAUGUUCCAUCUGCCAGAGUCAGACACACUCUACAUUGUGGUGUUUUGGUUAAUAAGCCAUUGCUGGAAAAUGAUGGAAAACAUCGUCAUAAUAAUGGGAACGAUUUAACCUCUUCGAAAAGUGGUGGAAGCUCUCAUCAUGGGAUCCAUAUACACCACCAUCGUCAAGCAUAUACUCACAAUACUAAUGUUAAAAACGGUGGCGUAAAUAGUGCCGGUAGUUUAUCCUCUAGUCCGCCAAUUGGGGGCAAAUUUUUUAAGAAAUUUUUAACUCAUAUUAAUGAGAACACAAAUAAUGAAGAGGAUGUGUAUGAUAAAUUCGGUGUUAUAUAUGGUGAUAAAUCAUUAAAUAUCGUCAGGACACCGCCAUUAAGGUCAAUUUCGACUGCCGAUAAGCCCAUUUAUAUUAACAGAGUUUGGAAUGAUGCAUUAUCAUAUGAAAUAUCACUUCCUCAAAAAUAUGUUACUUUAAACAGUGAAUUGCCUAUUAAAAUUAAAUUGGUACCUACAGAUAAAUCUUUAAACCUGAAACGCUUGAGGGUUGGUGUUGUUGAGAAGAUCACGCUGGUUUCUAAAGGAUUGGAGUACGAGUUCGAUCAAGUUGAUCCGUUGUUGCAUGAUCCAUGCAACCCAUAUCAUCAGGAGUUUUUAAACAGAAGAAAAAAGGAUCGUGUUUUGUCCUUAGUGGAAGUUAAAUCCAAGGAAAAAUCGGGAAAUGAGUCCAUGCAGGAAACUGUGGUAACAAAUUGUAAAAAUGAAAAUAUUUUUUCAUAUUCUAAUGAUAUUGUUGAUUCAGUUACUUUAAGAUUUAAUUUGAAGUUUCCCAAGUUUGAAAAUAUUCGAUCACCUUCAGGUCAUGGCUCUAGUAGUUAUAGAAUCCCGCCACCCUAUGGUAUAGAUGAGUUUAACAAGGUAUUGUCAGCUAAUCAUAACUCAAGUCGCCGCAAUAAUGUUAUCAAUGGAUUGUUUGGUAGAAAAAAUAAAGCAAGUUCGAUGGCAUCAAAUGAAGAUAUGAAUGGUAGCACAUCGACAUUAUUAAACACUAUUGGAUCCAACCAUACUCACAGUGCUAGCCCUAAUAAUUCAGCCACAGAUUCUACUGAUGUGACUAAAAGACACAGUAGUGAUCUGAACAAAAAUAAUUAUAAAAAUUCUAAUAAAAGUAACAGUACAAUAAAAUCGCACCAGUCAUUAUCCAGCAGAAGAAAUUCAACUUCAGUUGCUGCCACAUCAAGUAAUAGAAUGAAUUCAAUAUCAGCUGGUACCACAACCAAUAGCAGAAGAAAUUCUACUUCAGCUACUGGCACUUCUUCUGGAAUUGCUAUUAAUGCCAUGAAACAGCGACAUAGUAAUGAAUAUAACGCCAAUAACAAUUCAACUGCACCUACCAUUUCUGAGCCAGUGAUUGUCAGUGGAUCUGGCAUCAAGGUCCAGCAUGAAAUAAAGCAUAAAAUACCCAAGCGUGGGUUAUAUACAGAUAGUGUUAAUUUCAGUAAUAUACACGUUAAACAUAAAUUAGAAGUAUUAUUAAGGAUCAGCAAAUAUGAUAAACAAGCACAAAAGACAAGACAUUACGAAGUUCUAAUUGAUACCCCGAUUUGUAUGAUGAGCGAUUUAUGUAGUAGUGGGAAUAUGGACUUGCCAACGUAUGAUAUGGCAGUUAUGGAUAGUGUGAUCAGUGCGCAUGAAUUGGAUGAGUUAGCACCUCCGCCUUCUUUUGAAGAGGCUAUUAGCGUGCCUGCUUCUCCCUUGGCUGUUCCGAUUAAAUCUGCCAAUGUGAAUUUGAAUAAGGGCCAUUCUAAUACUGGAACUGCAAAUAAUAAUAGCAUGGAAGAUAUUCAGUUUUUAUCUUUGUCAUCAGCAGAUCCAAGGAAAAUUAAGAAUGGUGGUACUAGCAGUACAAACAACAGUGCUAGUGUAACACCUGCCAGUAGCAACUUGACUCCAGUUUUAAUUCAACAGAGAUUGAAAUUGAAACAGCAACAUAAUAUACCCGACUGUGCUGCAAGAAAUAACAGUAUUGAUAGUCACAUGUCAAAUGACUCUUAUGGUGAAGUUUCAAAUGUUGAACAUGUUAGUACCAUAACUGCUACUGGUAGCGACAAUACCAGUACUAAUACGAGCGCUACCACUAAUAGUACUGGGAGUAGUAAUAAUAAUAAAACCUCUAAAAAUAUUACACAUUUAACUGGUUUUAGAAAUAUUGAUGAUAUUUUGAUUGCAACUAAACCAAAAGAAGAACAAGGUCGUUCAGUGAGUGGCAAUACUGACUGUUCUUCCGAUUCAUCAUCAUCGUCAUCGUCAUCGAUGAUUACUAGCGAAGAGGAAUUACCAGCCACGUUACCUACCUAUGAUGAUUCUGUUCCACUAAUGAGUGAUGAAGAACCUGGAGAAAGUGAAGAGGAUAAGACUUUUACAGUCUAA